AUGAUUUUUGAAAUACCUCUUGAACAUUUUCCACAACCAUUUGCCAAGAUAGUUUCUACCAGUAAUAGUAAUUAUCAAAGUAAUUUUAUUAAAUGUGCUGGUAAUAAAAUAUUAUCCAAAAUGAGAGAAUCACUAUCAUUUGACAAUCAUCAAUCUAAUAUAGUAUCCUUAGAUUCAUUUCAUGGUAAAAUAUUAGAACCUCAAAAAGAAAUACAAAACAAAAGAAGAAAUUUUGUCCAAAAAUACAAUAGUAAAAGUUUUUCAACUGAUUUCAAUACAAAUUUUUCUUUAUUGUCUAUAAAAAAAAAUUUUUAUCAAAGUAUUACAAGUUUGAAAUCACAAAUACUUACUUCUACUGAUCAACCACCAAAAUAA